GGAAGCCGGAAGUGUUCAAAACUGGAACUCGAGCUAACAGGCUAAUUGAGCAGGAGAGGAAAGUGUUGGAGGUUCGGGAGCAGCGUGGACUUUAUUUCUUUCAAGUUUGAGUUCGUGAAGUAAAGAAAAGGACUGAGGAUGAGUCUGCAGUGGACGGCGGUGGCCACCUUCCUGUACGCUGAGGUCUUUUUUGUCCUGCUGCUCUGCAUCCCCUUCAUCUCCCCAAAGAGGUGGAAUAAGAUUUUUAAGUCUCGUCUGGUUCAGACCAUCGCUCUCUAUGGAAACACGUCGUUCAUGGUGGCCAUCGCCAUCCUCGUCUUCCUGCUCAUCGAUGCGUUCCGUGAGGUGAGAAAGUACAGCGUGACGGAGAAAGUGGACCUGACCAACAACCCGACGGCCAUCGAACACAUCCACAUGAAGCUGUUCAGGGCUCAGAGGAACGAGUACAUCGCCGGCUUCGCCCUGCUGCUCUGCCUGUUGCUGCGUCGUCUGGCCACGCUGCUCUCCCAGCAGGCCACACUCAUGGCUUCUAACGAGGCCUUCAAGAAGCAGGCUGAGGGCGCCAGCAACGCCGCCAAGAAGUACAUGGACGAAAACGAGCUGCUGCAGGAGAAACUGCGUGAGGCCGGUCUGGAGAUCCCCGAGGGCGGGAAGAAAGGAGCAGGACUUCAGGAGGAGAACAAGAACCUGAAGGAGGAGGUGAAGACCCUGAAGGAGGAGCUGGACACCACCAAGAAAGCUCUGCAGAAGUCUGACAGCGACGUCCGUGCGAUGAAGAAACAGGCGGAGAAUCUGACGGUGGAGUACGACAGACUUCUGGACGAGCACAGCAAACUUCUGGCGAGCAGCGACAAGAAAUCGGACUAAGGAAGACAACGACGGCUUCACAUCUUCAUCACCAUCACCGUCCUCCAACUCUGCAGCUCCACACCACCGUCCUGCUCAGAGCUGUGAUGUCACAUCUGGUCUCCUGGGCUGUGAUUGGUUCAUUUCAUGUUUCCAUCAGACUGUCGGAGCUGUAGUAGGAAAAAAGAAUGUCAGACGCAUGUCAAACUUCUGUGGGAGUUUGUUUAUAACCUUCUUUUGUUUUUCUGUGAAACAUUUGUCGAAAUGAUCCCGUCAUUCCCCGCUUCCUGCAGCUGAAGAUCGGAACUUUUCCUGCAGGAGUUCAUUCCAAAGCUCUUCUGUCAGAGUCGUGCACUCCUGUUUGAAACUUGUAAUGAAAGUGUUGGACAUAAAAAGACUCCAAUCAGACGAUCUGAGAACUUUAAAGCAUUCCUAUUGAUGAGUUUGUUCCAAACUCAGCAUUUAUUUCAUGUUUGCCCUCUUAUUUCUACUUCAGCAACAGUUAGCAUCAGGCUCUUAAAUGCUCAUGUUUACCAACAUAUCGUCGCUGUCGGCAGCAGACGUCUCGUCUCCAAGAUAACGACUUUACAGGAAAUGAAAAGAGGAAAAAGAAAUGAAACUGGUGUAACAUGGAGACUAGAAGUUUCUGCCCAGCAGUGACGAUAUCCUCACAAACAGUCAAAUGUUAAGAAACUCAGAGCAGCAGGAUGGAUGUCUGCCUUUAUGUAGUGACUGGUGUGUUUCCUCGUUUGUUAAAAUAAAACACGGUUUGGUUAAAAAGCAGCAGGUCCAGAUUUAGUCACAGUUUCUCUUGUUUCUUUUUGUUUCAGUCUUCUGUUAAAUGUUUUUGUUUUAAGGGUUUAACCGCUCUCUUGCUUUUCUUGACUUUCAGGCUGAGUUAUUCUCCCUACAAGAACAUUUAAAAAAAACAUAAACUAAAAGCUAUUUCUUUAUUCCUUGCGAUUUUUACGAGAUAAAACCUGCAGAUCAGGGUGAAACAUGAGGUGUUUGUUGGGAAUCUCUUGGUCUGAAAGUCUCACUUUACUCUAAAUCAGGGGUUCUCAACCGGACCAGCAUCAGGACCCACCACCACUUCCUUAAGGAGAAACAGCAGCCUGAUAUGGUAUUUUUCACUCAUAACCUAAACUACAUGGUUCAGCUAGACAGUGAGACAUCUGCUGUUUGCACAGUAGAGAUUCCACCGACAUGAGAUCUGACAGAAACUCUCAGGAUCAAAUGGGACAUCAGAGGGGAAACAAACAUAGAGGACUAUCCAAAUCCUCAGCUGGCUGUCCUGGAGUUUGUUGGAGUUGCAGCAAACCAAAAAAAUAAGGAAAUGAAGGUGGAAUCCUGUCUGAGAUGAAGGUUGUUUGUUUGUCAGCUGUAAAAGUGUAUCACAUCUGACACUGCUCAGUCUGCUCUCAUUGGUUGUUUUUCUCUCAUUGGCAGAGGCUGACCAAGACAAACACUGAGCCUUGAAGACUUUGGUUAGGGUUUCUCAUCAGGGAUGUGGCAGUGAGCCUUGAAUGAACCAGCUGAGAACCACUGAUAGAUGCACACUUUUUAAGACUGACUGUGCAAAGAUGCAUGCAGCUGCAGAGAAACAAACAUGUUUUAGUGGUAGGUUUUUCUCCAUAUUUAUCUGCUCAGUCUCUGCUAGUUUAGUUCAUUCUUUUUCCUGCAGCCUGUUUGUGCAGAAUCUAAACAUCAACUGUGCAAAGCAAUUUUCAUUUACCUGUCAUGCAUUUUAUUGGUGGAGUAAAACUUAACUUGUUUUCUUUCA